AUGUCAAGGAACAAUCUCCAUGGAACUAUUCCCUCAUGUUUGAGUAAUCUUACAGGCAUGGUUCAACAAGGAAUUUCACAAGAUGUACAACUUUAUACAAGAUAUGAACAAGAGACAUAUGCUGACCAUGCAAUGAUUCAGUGGCAAGGACAAGAACGCGAAUUAUUUAGUACUCUGAAACAGUUGAAGAGCAUUGACCUGUCAAGCAACAAUCUAACAGGACGAAUCCCAAAUGAAAUUACCAAUCUUUAUGACUUGAUUGUCUUGAACUUGUCAAAGAACGCUCUAUUUGGAGAGAUUCCACAGAAAAUUGGUGACAGUUUUUCUGGGAGGAUACCAUCAAGCAUGUCUGAGAUGAGUUUACUGAAUGACCUAGACGUGUCAUUUAAUAACUUGUCAGGGAGAAUCCCGAUUAGCACUCAAUUCCAGACCUUUCCACCUUCAAGAUUCAAUGGAAACACGCGUCUAUGUGGACCUCCUCUUACCGAAAAAUGUUCUGGAGACAAAGAACCAGAAGCACCACGUCUUAUUGGUAAAAGUGAGGGUGAUGGGGAAGACACAGAUGAUGAACUCAUGGGAUGGUUUUAUAUUGGUGGGGGGACUGGUUUUGCUACUGGAUUUUGGAUAGCGUGUUCGGUUUUGCUUUUAAAUCAACGAGGGAGACAUGCUUUUUUUCGGUUUUAUGAUAAUGUAAAAGAUUGGGUUUAUGUAAAGGUGGUGGUGUUCAUUCAGAAUUUGCAAAAGUAG